CUGCUCGGCUCCCGGCCCCGCGGGCGGGGGAAGGGGAGGAGGCAGAGGCGGUGCCGGCUGCUGCUGCUGCUCCUCGGAGCCUGGUCACAUCGCUGCUGUCUGUGGGAGCCGCACCAUGCACGGCUCGCCCUGCUCGGAGAUGGGAGAUGCGCCUGCGGUUGACAUUGCUGACAUCUAUGAGUCUAUUCGGGAAAGACAGCGUCAUGACAGCGAAAGGUCUACCUGCAGUACAUUAGAGAAGAAUGACAUUGAAGCUGUUGAAGCCCUUGUUUGUAUGAGCUCCUGGGGUCAAAGAGCACAGAAAGGUGACAUAUUAAAGAUAAGACCACUUACACCCUUCUCAGAUUCGGGUGAUUUCACAAUGCACACUGAAGCUACGUCUGAAUUACCAAAGGAUUAUUUAUCUACACUGUGUAUGACCCCUCCGCACAGCCCUGACUUUGUUGAGAUAUCAGCUGCUAUGCUCCUCUCCUCACAAGUCACUUACUCCAAACCAAGAACUGUCAUGGCAAAUACAGCUACCUGUUCAGUCACAUCUGCAACUUGUGUGUCUCCUAUAACCAAGCCAUCAGUCAUAAACAUGGAGAGACAGUGCAGUCAGAAACCAGUGAGAUCUGAAUCCUUUACCCCCCAGCCUUGCAGGGCCAUGGCAACAAGUGUGAUACGUCAUACAGGUGACAGUUCUGCUUACCACUACAUUCCUGCUGUGCAAGAGAAGACAAAGGUAACUUCAGGCUACAGCAGUUCCAAAGAUUGGUGUGGAGCAGAUGACCGAAGACAUUCCAGACUGCCACAAGACACACGUGCUGCUGAUGGUUUAAUUAAAACGUCUCCAGUACCUCAACCAUAUGUGCAUGAGUCCAGUGAUAUUGUGACCAAUAAAGGACAGCUACCAGUCCAGCCUGUUUCACCACAGACCCACUUGCCAAAGAAUUGUGAGAACGACUUGCAAAAAAGAGCUACCUCAGGGACACCUGUCCCUGUUUCAAGCCCCCAAGUUCUCUGUCAAAUGAUCCCUUUAAAUGGACAAACUAGUAUGAUUAAUGCUUAUGUCAAGCCUUCAGCUCCAACAGUUUCAACUCCAGUCAAACCAAUUUUACCACAGACGACAACUCUUUCUCAGCCUGUACUUAUGGGACCUUCUGUGCCUCAGGGGACUGUUAUGUUGGUUCUUCCACAGACUGCUGUCACACAGGCACCACAGUGCCCACAAACAGUAAUGACUGUUGGGAGCACCAAGUUACUGCCUCUUGCUCCUGCCCCUGUGUUUAUAGCUUCUGGUCAAAGCUGUACCCCUCAGAUGGACUUUUCUAGACGGAGGAAUUAUGUUUGCAACUUUCCAGGGUGCAAGAAAACCUAUUUCAAGAGUUCCCACCUCAAAGCCCACCUUCGCACCCACACUGGAGAAAAGCCCUUCAGCUGCAAUUGGGAAGGUUGUGACAAGAAGUUCGCACGCUCAGAUGAACUGUCUCGUCAUCAUAGAACUCAUACAGGAGAGAAGAAGUUUGCUUGUCCUGUGUGUGAGCGUCGCUUUAUGCGUAGCGAUCACUUGACAAAACACACUCGCCGCCAUAUGACCACAAAGAAGAUCCCCAGCUGGCAGACAGAGGUUGGCAAACUAAACCGAAUUGCCACAGCAGAGAAACCGAAAAGCAGCAGUGCUUUGAGUAUGAUCAUCCCCAUGCCAUCAUCUGUCUGUCAGGGCUAGUGUGGGAAAGUACCUUCUCUACAAACUGUCUGAAAGUCAGGAAGAGCUCUGAUGGUUACAACAGAGCUGUCAGUGGCUCGCUUUCCAUGUGUGCCACCUCCCCACUCCCCCACAUUUGUGCAUAUUUCAGUUUCCUUCAGUUUAGGUCCUCAGUUAAUAAUACUGAGGGAAAUCUCUCAUAUCUUUCCUCAAUCCCUUCCCUGUCUCUUUUUUUUGAAGGUUUGGGCAAAUGCAAUCACCAGCACUUCAGGAAAGCAGAACUCUUUGGAAAUUAUUUUGGCAAUAGGUUUAAAAAAAAUCACUUGUAAUGCUGUUAAUAUUUUGAGGGACAGUAGAACAGGAUGAUUUUUAAUUUUUAUAUUAGUAUUUUCUAUACCAAAUAUAUUUUGUAUUUAUUCAUCUUGGUCUGGAUAUGCAGGUACAUUACUGGCCUGCAUUAGUGGGGAUGUGCAGGGUGAGACCCAGGGUUUUGGAAACUACUUUUUAGUAAGCUUGAAGAAUCACAUUCAGAGUAUCUUCAACAGCUUACUCUUUCAAGUGGAAGCCAUUGUUAUUUUUGGUAUACUGGGUGUUCCUGAGUCUGCACUCCACCUGAGCAAAGUUUGGAGGAGCUAGACUGCUCUGAUGGAUGUAGAAGCACAAAUACUUAUCAGAAGCUUUGACACUAAAAAUUAUGCUUUCCUUUCAGUCCUGCUAAACCAGCAUAUGAAAGUCUACUGAAAAAUGCAAAAACAGCAAGACAACCCAUGAAUAAUUAGCUUGGGUCUCUUUAUUAUUUUGAAUACAGGAGAAAUAGAAAAUUAAGUUUUUUUUUUUUUAUGUAUUGUGGAUACUUACGCACCUUAUAGGAAAUUGUUCAAGACUUCCAUUUACCUGUAUCAGAAGCACAGAAGCAGUACUAUUCUGUCUUAAGAAAUAGCCACCAUGUCAACUUGAUGAUGCUCUUGUGGCCUUAUACUUCUCCACAGUACUUUGUAUACAAAAUCACCCUUUUCUAUUAAAUGAGCUAUUCUCCCUGUUGAAUGGAUUUUCUUUUACACCAAGUGUAAAUAUGCCUAAAAAGCAAAAUCACUGGCUGCAGCAGUGCUGUGUUAUAAUAGCAUAGUAUGAGUAAUAAAACAAAAUACCCAUACACAAUCAGACUGCUCAAUUUCAUGUUGCAGAUGGAUAUGUAUGUGUAUCUAUAGCGAGCUGACAGUACAGCUGUAUCACUGUCAGGUACCGGGUGUUAAACAGUUCCUGUUAUCCUGCUAGGAGACAGCACCAUGGUUGCCAGAAUAGAUGUUAACAACUCGCAUGCUUAAUAUUUCUCUAGUUAAUUCCUUCUGGACUUUUCCUACCUUCAGCUAUCCUGCACUGAAGCUCUGUUAGGCUGAGCACUGAUGGAGAUUUUUUUUUUCCCUCCUGGAUAUGUAAAAUGUAGAUAGCUAAGAAUGCACUAUCUAUUGUACUGCGUCAUUGUUCUGAGUAUUGUUUCUCAGUGUUAUCAUUGGAAUAGGUGCAGAUUUGCUGUUUAUAUCGUGCACUUCUCUGAACUGAGCAGAGACUUAUUUCAGUUGAAAGCAAAAUCUGUCAUUAUAUUUACAGCUAAGGCUCUGGUUACAACUACUGGUAACAAGUUUUCAACUGCUAGAGUACUGUGCUAAGUAUACUAAAGUUUGUGCCUGACCUUUAAAAUGUCCAGAUUUUAUUCGGUUGACACACAUUGUAAUCCCACUGACUAGUGUAUGUAUUGGUGAGUGUGUGUGCAUAUGCAAACUCUGCUUUGUACUCUACAAAGGGCUUAGUUAAAACUCCUCUUUCUGAUAAAGUGAAUGCUUGGAGUGUUUGGUUUUGUGUCAGUAUUCAGCUUCCCAAAUUUGUGUGGCAAAGAAAGAGAUCUGUUACACUCUUCUUCGCUCCAUAGUUCCAUAGUGCUAGAAGAUUGCCUUUCGGAUACCAUUUUGGCAUGGUUAUAACUGGUGGGCAGGAGGAAGGAAAAUUUUAAUGAGGGCAUCUUGUCUCAAUCUCGUAGCCAUUUAGACUCCCCCUAACUAACAAUUUUUGGCAUUAUCUGAGCAAAAUUGUUUGGAAACUCUUGUUAUAAUUUAGUAAGUUGUCAUGAUAAUUGGUUGUGUCAUGAGGAGGAAAUGACGAAGAAUAUGGAAUUUCAUCAGUUUCUUUAUCAUGGCACACACAUGCCAUACAUACUUCUAUGACUCCUGCUGUUAGGUUUAUCUGACCUGUGAUUCCUUACAGCCUGUUUGUGAGGUGUGUGGGGCAUGUGUUGCUCUUAUCUGUAUCUGGGACAUGCAGGUCUCUUUCUUGUGAAUGUGCAUGAAUAACUAAGCCACAGUGUGGCUGUGUCUGCUCUCAGUUUACUCUUUCUGUUCCUUCUUGCUGUGUAAGGGUUAUUUAUGGAUUAAGCAUGGCUGGGAUAACUGCUCCCUUUGCACUUUAUUGCCUGAACAACAUUGUUCAGUCUUUUUAAUUUGAGCCUAUAUUU